AUGAAACCUCAGAUUUUCUUUUUGUUUUUGCUAUGCCUGACGAAUGGCUUGACUAAACCGCGAGAUGUUGAGGACAGUGAGCACGAAAAGAUCAGCGAGAUGCUGUCAGAUUUUGACGUGCUGUCCCUGUCCAGUCUUCAACACCACUCGAUUCGCAAGCGCGAUGUGGAGAUGAACACCCACGUGGAGAGGCUGCUCAGCUUCACUGCGUUACAGAGGCACUUCCGUCUGUAUUUACGGACGAACACAGAUCUGUUUACGGAGGACUUUAGUGCUGUGGUCAUAGGUGAGGACGGAAGAGAGGAGCCUUAUGAGGUCCAGAGACAAAACUUCUUCACGGGACAUGUCAUCGGUGAGGAGCACUCCCGUGUGCAGGCGCAUAUUGAUGAGGGAGACUUCACCGCCCACAUUCUGACUCACGAAGCAGAGUACAAUGUUGAGCCUCUGUGGAGGUUCACCGACACUGCUCCUGACGACAGGCUGCUGGUGUACCGCUCGGGAGACGUCAGGAACGUCAGCCGACUGCACGCGCCCAAAGUCUGCGGAUACCUGAGCACGGAUGCCAGCGACCUUCUGCCAGAGAGCGUACGGAAAGCAGGAGCCCUGCAGGGGAAAGACGGGCAAGAGGAGGAAGAGGAGGAAGAUGAGGAGCUUGUGAGGGAGAAACGGGAGGUGCACGAUCACAGCAAGAACACCUGCCCUCUGCUCCUGGUGGCUGAUUACCGUUUCUUUAGACACAUGGGCCGUCGUGAGGAGAGCACUACCAUUAACUACCUGAUUGAGUUGAUGGACCGGGUGGACGACAUUUACAGAAAUACAUCGUGGGACGAUGAGUAUAAGGGAUAUGGAGUCCAAAUCCACCAGAUUAUCAUCAACCAGGAACCCACCAAAGUGGAUGAGGGAGUUGCUCACUUCAACAUGCGAGGCAGCCCAGUUAAGGGCAAAGAUGUCUGGGACGUGAAGAGCCUUCUGGAGCAAUUCAGCAUAGACAUCGCAGACAACGCAUCCCACGUGUGCCUGGCUCACCUGUUCACCUAUCAGGAUUUCGAUGAGGGAACCCUGGGCCUGGCCUACGUGGCCCCCUCCAAGCAGGGUUUCCCCGGAGGACUCUGCUCCGAGAAAUGUCCAUCCACUAACAAUGGCGGCCGCGCCAUCUACCUCAACACUGGUCUCACCAGCACAAAGAAUUACGGAAAAACUAUUCUAACCAAGGAAGCUGACCUGGUGACCACGCAUGAGCUGGGACAUAACUUCGGAGCGGUGCACGAUCCGGACGACGUUCCGGGCUGUGCUCCCAGAGAGGACCAAGGUGGGAAAUAUGUGAUGUACCCCAUCGCCGUCAGUGGAGAUCAUCAAAACAACAAGCUCUUCUCCACCUGCAGUAAGACCUCCAUUGCCAAGCAGUUGCGGUUGAAGGCGGCCACCUGUUUCAAAGAAAGGAACAGUAACGUAUGUGGGAACUCUCGGGUGGAGGAGGACGAGGAGUGUGACCCUGGUCUGCUCCAUCUAAACGACGACCGCUGCUGCACUUCCACUUGCAAACUGCGCCCCACUGCCCAAUGCAGUGAUAGGAACAGUGCGUGUUGUAAAGACUGCAUGUAUGAGAAGAAGGGGAAAGUGUGUCAGGAGGCAAUGAAUGCCACCUGUAAAGACAUGUCCUACUGCACAGGAAACAGCAGCGAGUGUCCACCCCCAGAAAACGCCUCGGAUUCGACAGUGUGCGUGGACAACGGCCAGUGUUUAAACGGAGAAUGCAUUCCUUUCUGUGAGGCUGUUCUCAAGCGGAAACCCUGCGCUUGCAAUGAAACGAACAGCUCCUGUAAGGUGUGCUGUCGCAAUGCGGAAGGAGUGUGUGAACCGUACCAGGACGAGGAGGGGAACUUUGUCUACCUGCGGAAAGGAAAGCCCUGUACCGUGGGCUUUUGUGACGGAGGAGGUAAGUGUAUGAAGCAGGUGCAGGACGUCAUUGAGAGACUGUGGGAUUUCAUCGAUAAACUGGACAUUAACACCUUCGGGAAGUUCCUCGCUGACAACAUUGUGGGAUCCGUUGUGGUCUUUUCCCUUCUCUUCUGGAUUCCUCUCAGUAUCUUAGUUCACUGUGUGGACAAAAAACUGGACCAGCAGUAUGAGCUCAAUGCCAGAUCGCUGUUUUUCUCCAGUAACGCGGAGCUGCUGAGCAGUCUGGAAUCUGCGUCGGUGCGGAUUUUUAAAGCCCCCACUUCGGCCGUCUCCUCUUCCUCCGCCAACGCCCCCCGUUUUCAGGCCUCGGGCCCCCUCCAAACGAGCACCCCCCCGGUCUCCUCCUCUGCCGCCGCGGCUCCCGUUUUAGUCCCUCCGCCUUGCGUGGAGCCUCCACGCAUGGCCACCAUCCAGGAGGACCCCAGUUAUGACUCCCACCUGGACGAGCUGGUGCUGGAAGAGGACUUUCCGUCGGGGGGGUCGGCGGCCGCGCGGUCGUUUGAGGACCUAACGGAGAGCGGGGGGAAGAGCCAUUCCUUCAGAAUGAGGAGAGAUGCCCAGAAUAACAGCAAAGAGACACAGUGCUGA